GUCGCCUCCUGCUGUCUGAAUCCUCCGCUGUGGAGUGGAGCCUGUUAGACCGAGGGAACAAGUUGCUUUGCAGACAUUGUAAAGGCCAGGACUCAUCAGCACAGGCUGAGGGCAGUGAAGGCCACACGAUGAAUGAAGAGCUGAUGACAACUGGAAACCUGAGUCUGACUAUCAGUAAUGUGUGUCUGACUAAUAGUGUGUAUUCCUGCUCCGUCUAUGAUGAGCAUGGAAAGAUCCUCCGGCAGAAAGUGGUGGUCCUCAUACUCAGAGGUUUUCAGUCGGAGGUCGUGAAGGUCACAGAUGGGGAACCGUUGGUGCCACUUCCUUUCAAAAUCCCUGCUCCUCUGGACGAGGACGUCAGGGUGGAGUGGACCCGUCCUGACUGCAAACAGACGGAGAUCAUCACCUUUAAGAACGGAGAAGUUCAUCCCCCCAAACACAGCCUGGGUUACCAUGGCCGCACAGAGAUGGACAAAGACUUGCUGACGUCUGGAGACGUCGGUCUGGUCCUGAAGCGUCCCCGUCCUCAAGACAACGGCCUCUACAGAUGCACCGUCUACAGCGGGGACGAGGUCCAACACAUGAAGAUGGUGACGCUCAGUGUUGGAGAACCUUUGGGCUCCAGCUUCACAGACCGACUGCUGGUCUGCAAGGAGAGGAAAACCUCCAGAGACCCAAACCCUGCAGAGAACGUCCAGCUGUUCGAGGUCUUCAACUCGUCCAUGAACCAGGACUGA